ACUGUGAUGAUUUUCAUUAAACAAAAAGAAAAACAAGUUAUUUAUAUUGUUAUAAAUGUUUAAGGGUGAUUUACCAUAGUUUUGUGGAGUUUUUUAAAACAUUUUUAAAUAAAUUGAUUUGUAAAUGGAUGCAGGGUUGCCAUGACAAUGAAAAUGCCCCCACUGCAGAUAAAGUAGGAUAUCUUAACCUUAUCACAAAAUAAAAAGUGUAAUGAGUAGUGAAUAAGUGUUUAAAAGCAGUAAUUAUUAAUAAAUAUAGUGUGUAACAUUAAAUUAUAUUAUUAGUAACAAAAUGAGCGUGUUUGUUAAUGUGUCAGGCACUGCAUUCUCUCUGCUUUUGUAUGAGAAUGUUCGAAAUGAUCAUGACCAAGAAGGAUUUCUCUUGGGUGAGAUAAUCCGCAAUGAAAAACGUACAAUUACUGACAAUGAUCAAGAUGUGGUGACAAUCGAGCACACAAUCAAAAUCAAUUCAGUAUUUCCCUGCCCACGCCUUGGUCACUUCUUCGAUAAUGCUGGCAAGAUAGAUCCAAACAAACUGGACACCCUACUCGGCGAUAAAAAGGAUCACGUUGUUUCCUGGUACAAAUUCAAACGCAUUUCUUCUUUUAAAUUAACAUUGCGUGAAAAAAUUGUUAUGAAACAAUUGGCUAUGUAUUUCAUGCCGCAAGCACCUGAGCAUUUCACAUGGUGUUUGUUAACUGCACGCGCUGGCGCUGAUAAUGACGAGAAGCAUAUUUUUUCACAAACGUUUAUUCGGUAUCAUAUGUCUGCGUAUCAACCGCUGCCGAUGCACAUUGCUAACUUAAAAGAUCCGCAUGAUGUUUAUAAGAAACCCGAAGCUUGUUCGACGAUUUUCCGGGAAAUCGUGCGUGGUUUACCAAAGAAAAUUCAUGGAUAUGCGACUGUAAGUUGCAUAGAAACAGCGUUAGAUGAGCGAAUUGCUCGGACAGUUGAACAGAUGAAAACCUCCGAGGAAGAAAUGCAUAAUUUAGAGCAAAGAGUACGAGAAUUACGGACAAAGUUGAAUACUUUGGAUAAUGAUGAAUCACUGGAGGAUUUAUUAGGUACACCGGAAACACCAGUGAAAACCAGAUCUAACCUAACUUCAACUUCGAUGAGUAUAAAACCGAGAAGAAGUUUGCGAUCUGCUGGUGAUGUAAAAAUUAAAAAAGAAGACAGCAAAGAAGAAGUUAAGGAAAAAGCAGAAGAUGAACAAAUCGAAAAGGACAAGAAACCAAGUACAAACCUGGACAGUCCAAGAGUCACGCGUAAUUCAAGCCGGAAAAGUUAAUAUAAGUUUGCUUUCCGUGCAAAAUUGAACCAAACGCGGUGUGCCUUUGUAACCUUUAUGUUGUAAUCGUAAUAUAUUCGAGUUUUUGCAUCACAAA